UAAUAAAAACAGAGUUAAUGAUGUCUCCCUGGUUGUCAAUGUCAACGGAAGUAAAUAAAACCAAAUUAGUGCAUGUCUGAACGUAAACCUGAUCGAUAUAUAAUACAUUGACAGGUGUUUAUAUUCAGACUUACAUUGAUGAUUUAGAAUAUAAGGCGGGAACAACACAACAAAACAAAAAUGGCAGCAACCGGUAGAAUGAACCAUGAAUUAAAAAGAAAGGCAAAAGAAGCUGAGAAAAAUUGCAGUGAUCCUGUUGAAUUAUUAAGAUGUAAAUGUUUACAAAGAGGCGCAAAUGGUAUUAAAGGGCUAGCAAGAACUUUCAAGAUUUUUGAUGAUGAUGGCAGUAAAUCUCUAGAUAAAUAUGAAUUCAGCAAAGGGAUACGAGAUUAUGGUAUUGUUUUAGAGAGAGAUGUUGUUGAUCAAGCGUUUGAAGCCUUAGACAAAGAUCACAGUGGAAAACUGGAUUUUGAUGAAUUUUUAAUUGCUUUACGACCAAAAAUGAAUGCAAGCAGAAAAUCUCUAGUGACACAAGCUUUUAACAAAUUAGACAAAACAGGAGAUAGCUUAAUCACAACAGAAGAUUUGAAAGGGGUCUAUAAUGUAAAGAAACAUCCUAAAUACUUAAAUGGAGAAUGGACAGAAGAUCAGUGCUUACUUCAGUUUCUAGCAUCAUUUGAUUCAGAUGAAAAAGAUGGAAAGAUAACUCGUGAUGAAUUUGAUAACUAUUAUAGUGGUGUCUCUGCCUCAGUGGACAGUGAUGUGUACUUUAAUUUAAUGAUGACCAAUGCUUGGAAGCUGUGAUUAGCUGAUGUCAUCAAAUAUUUAUUUAAAAUUAUAGAGCAGGUUCUCAUCGAGACUAAAACCAUCUAAUAUUUAUUAUUUACAAAAUAGUAGGUCGUUUUCCUGGGGGCUAGUCAUCGAAUAUCUAUUAUUAAAAUACGAGGUUCUCAACAAGAAUCAUUUUGCUCAUGCAGACUAAAGUAUUCAUCUAUUUAGUAUUUAUAAGAUAGUAUGCGGUUCUUAAAAAAGUCAAUAAACAAAACAUUUUGCUUAUGUAGAACUACUUUUCAUAUGAUAUUUUCUGCUUUCAUUAUGUUGGGUUAAGAUGAAAGGGUACUUCUAUAGCAACACAUUUACUUAACUUUGAAGGCUAAACUGGCUCUUGGUAGGGUAAGAUGAAAGGGUACUUCUAUAGCUACAGAUAUACGUAACUAUGAAGGCUUAUUACAGGAGUAGUAAGAAUUUCAAGGGUCUGUUUUGAGGAUCUGCUUUAGACUUAGUACUAUAUUACCCAUUGGAACCUAGUAUUAGUCUGGCUUAUGGACACUACAUUUAUAAGAACAUUUGUUUGAACAGUAAUGCUCAAUUCUUGUACAUAUUCUCUGUUAUAUUAAACUAUGUAAACUCU